AAAGGCCACUGUUUCCUUUGAAAAAUGCUGAAAACAAGUAUUUUCCCAGUUCUCCUAAUUUUUCUCGUACCAGAAUUACCAGAAACGCAUAGUGCAAAUAUUUUAGGCAUUUUACCUUAUCCGGGGAAAAGCCACUCAAUUUUAUUUGAAACUCUGCUAAAACGUCUUGCUGAAAAAGGGCAUGAAGUUGACUACGUUACGUUCUUUCCUUCAAGAAACUUUACACAAAGAUACAACGAAUUAAGUUUAUAUGGGGUUGUCCCAAAUUAUGUUAAUAAUGUUUCGAUCGAUCAAUUACAGAAUCAAUCUCUUUACCAAGCGGUAAAAUUCAUGACUCGCAUUGCAGGCGCUGAUGCCUUUUCUACAAUAAUGAAAACUCCAGUUUUACAAAAUCUCCGAAACACGACAAAUAAAUACGAUUUAAUUAUUGUGCACAGUUUCGGGUGUGACAUUGCGUUAGGUUUUGGAUAUUUGUUUAAUGCUCCUGUUGUUGCAUAUGUUACCAGUGUUAAUUUACCUUGGAUUGAUGACAGGAUCGGAAAUCCUGAUAAUCCUGCUUACAUCCAGAGUUAUUUAUCACGUUCAAGCGCCAAGAUGAAAUUAUACGAAAGAAUCGAAAAUACAAUUUAUUGGAUAAUGACGAGAUUUUGGUUUAGUUUCUUUUCUGGUCGUUCAGAUCGCUUAGUUAAGAAAUUUUUUGGACCCACGACUCCUUCUUUAGAAAAUCUUAUUCGAAACACUAGUCUUGUGCUAGUUAAUAGCCAUUUCAGUAUGCAGCAAGCUAGGCCACUUGUGCCAAAUUUUAUCGAAGUUGGGGGGCUCCACAUACGCGAACCCCAACCACUACCAAAAGAUUUGGAAAAUUUAGUCAGCAAUAACACGUUCGGAGUCGUUUACUUAUCAAUGGGUUCAAUGGUUAGGACUGAAAGCUUCAAACCUGAAAUUCUCCAAGCCAUGUUUGAUGCUUUUGCUGAAUUGCCUUAUACUGUUUUAUGGAAGGCAUCGCCUGAAAAGUUUCCCAAAGGCUUGAAAAUUCCCGAAAAUAUUCACUUUAAAACGUGGAUGCCUCAGAUCGAUAUUCUAUGCCACCCUAAUGUGAAAUUAUUUAUUAGCCAUGGUGGUAUGUUAGGUAGUCAGGAAGCAGUCUAUUGUGCUGUUCCCAGAAUAGGAGUUCCAAUUUAUGCCGACCAGGAGCGCAAUAUUGUCACAUCUGAGAAAUUAGGAAUUGCGAAAAAACUCUCAUACGACCAUAUAAACAAAAACACUUUUCUCCACACUAUUAAAGAGCUUAUUGAAGAUUUAAAAUACAAGCAAAACAUUGAAAGAAUUUCCAAAAUAUUCAAGGACCGUCCACUGUCCCCCUUGGAGACUGCAGUUUAUUGGGUGGAGUACGUAAUUAGACACAAAGGAGCCCCUCAUUUGCGCUCAGUGGGUGCCGACUUGCCUUGGUACCAGUAUUACCUCAUUGACGUUGCUCUAGUCCUCUCGUUUGCGAUUUCCACAAGCUUGUACUUUACAGUUUUUCUUCCAAGACAGGUUUUAUGUAGAACGCGAAAAGAAAAAACCGCCUGAAUCAAUUUGAAUAAAUUUGAGAAUUUUCAAAUCUUGAUAACACA